AUGGAUGCUGUUGAUUUGAUUCCCACGGUUUCUUGUCCUUCUCUUAUCAUUGGUGCUCCUCCUGCAAUCAAGUAUGACGUGUUUCUUAGCUUCAGAGGGGAAGACACUCGCCACACCUUUUCUAGUUAUCUCUAUGAAGCACUUGACCAAGCGGGCCUUCAUACUUUUAUGGAUCACAAGCUCCACAAAGGAGAUCAUAUCUCACCAAUUCUUCUGAAAACAAUAGAGAAAUCAGAGAUAUCUUUGAUCAUUUUCUCCAAGGAUUAUGCUUCUUCAACAUGGUGUAUGGAUGAGCUCGUUCACAUUAUGAAAUGUAAAGAUAAGUACGGAAGGCUUGUCGUCCCAAUUUUCUACAACGUAGAUCCAUCAAAUAUUCGGAAACAGGAUGGGAGAUUUGGCGAUGGAUUUGCCAAGCUCAAGCAGAGAUUUAAGCAUGACCAAAAAAGAGUGCAGGAGUGGAAAAAUGAUUUGAUCAAAUCGGCAAGUCUAUCUGGGUGGGAUUCAGAGAAUUUCAGGCCUGAAUCUGAACUUGUCAAAAAGAUUGUCAAAGAUGUUUUGAGCAAGCUGAAUCGUAGGUCAUCCUUUCAUGUGGAUGGAUUAGUUGGGAUUGAUCAUCAGAUACAGAAAGUUGAAGAGCUGCUAACUGAAGCUCGCAUUGUGGGAAUAUGGGGUAUGGGUGGUAUAGGCAAGACCACUCUUGCUAGAGCGGUCUUUGAGAGGUUGACAGCUGAUUUUGAAUCUUUCUACUUUGUUGAAGAUGUCAAACAAAAGCUGGCAAAGAAUAGAUCGAAAUAUAUCAAAGAAUGCCUCAAAAAGUUAUUACAUGACGACGAUAUUAACCCUUACAAUUUAACAUACGCUUCUGUGAGAAGGAGGCUUGAGCAGAAAAAAAUUCUUUUGGUACUUGAUGAUGUGGACAAUUCUAGAAUGGCUGAAGAUUUAAUCAAAGCAUGUGAUUGGUUUGGGGAAGGAAGUAGAAUUAUUAUCACAUCAAGAGAUAUGCAAGUGCUUAAAAAUGCUUCUGAUUCUGCAUCUCCUGCAACAUAUCACGUUCUGGAAUUGAAUCCGCAUGAUGCCCUUCAUCUCUUUAGCUUGAACGCUUUCAAGCAAAAUCAACCUUUCGAAAACUACUUGGAGUUAUCAAAGUGGGUAGUGGAUUAUUGUGAAGGAAAUCCAUUAGCUCUGAAAGUGUUGGGUCGCUAUCUUCAUGGUAGAGGAAAAGAAGAGUGGGAAAGUGCUCUGGCGAAACUAAAUCAAACUCCUGACUAUGACAUUUUGAAUGUGCUAAAAUUGAGUUUUGAUGGACUUGAUGACACACAGAAGAAUAGGAUAGAUGUGGUAAUAUUGGGAUGCAUGCUCUAUUAG